AUGACUGAUAAAGCGGGCGAUUGGUGUUUGAUCGAGAGCGAUCCGGGAGUAUUUACGGAACUAAUUCGGGAAUUCGGUUGCAAGGGGAUACAAGUCGAAGAACUGUGGAGUUUGGAUGACCAACAAUUUGAAAAGCUAAAACCUGUCCACGGUUUAAUUUUCCUAUUCAAAUGGACAAAAGACACUUCAGAUCUAAGCGGCUCCAUCGUCCAAGACAGUCGCCUGGACAAAAUCUUUUUUGCCAAGCAAGUCAUUGAAAAUGCCUGCGCAACUCAGGCAAUUUUAAGUGUUUUACUAAACUGUCGCCAUUCUGACGUGAAACUGGGACCCACCUUAACAGAACUAAAAGAUUUCUGUCAAGGUUUUGAUGCUAAUAUGAAAGGAUUGACCAUAAGUAAUUCUCAAGUGAUCAGUACUGUACAUAAUUCGUUUGCCAGACAGCAAAUAUUUGAAUUUGAUCCUACCGGGGCCAAAAAGGAAGAGGACGCUUUUCAUUUUAUCAGCUAUGUGCCCAUAGAUGGAAGAUUAUAUGAAUUAGAUGGAUUGAAAUCUGGACCUAUUGAUUUAGGAGCUAUACCGGCUGAUAAGGAAUGGACUGACGUUGUUAAGCCCAUUAUUGAAAAAAGAAUACAGAGGUACAGUGAAGGUGAAAUUCAUUUCAACCUAAUGGCGUUAGUGAGCGACAGAAAAAUGAUCUAUCAGAGGAAUAUUGAAGAAAUCCAGAAGAAAAUAGAUGCAGGAGCAGCAGACGAUUCAUUACAGGAUGAAAUAACCAAUCUGAAACUACUCAUUGAAGAAGAGGAUAACAAGACCCGUCAAUACAAAGUAGAAAAUAUCAGACGAAAACAUAAUUAUUUACCUUUAAUUGUCGAAAUUUUGAAAUUGUUAGCUAAAGAAGGUAAACUGACGCCUUUGUAUGAAGAGGCAAAGGAACGGGCUUUGAAAAAACAAAAAGUCAAAGCAUAA